AUGGCUGGUACAAGAGAUUCCAGCGGUGUUGCUUUUGCCUUCUAUCACUAUGACCCCAGCAUGGGCGGCGCCAUAGUUUUCAUCCUGCUUUUCAUCAGCACAACUGGGUAUCAUAUUUUUCAAAUGUUCAAGUCGCGCACCUGGUUUCUCAUUCCCUUUGUUAUUGGAGUCGAGAUUAUCGGGUAUAUCGGACGUGCCAUGUCCAGCAAUCAAAGCCCAAAUUGGACACUUGGACCUUAUAUUGUGCAGACACUCUUCCUUUUGCUUGCACCAGCUCUUCUAGCAGCCUCGAUAUACAUGUUUCUCGGUCGUAUUAUCCUUGUAUUACAAGCCGAAUCUCAUGCCUUGUUGAAAAGAAAGUGGCUGACCAAGAUUUUUGUGACAGGCGAUGUGCUUUCGUUCUUGUUGCAAGGAGCUGGUAGGCAUUUUAUAAAAUAUCUGAUCCCAUGCUCUUGCUCGUCAGAUAUUCCCUGGCGCAAACACCUGAAUGUACUCUAUGUCACAAGCUUCUGUAUCAUAGUCCGGAACAACGGGUACCUCUUGCACUAUGAGAUCUAUUUAUAUAUCUUCGACGCGUUGUUGAUGUUCAUGACCAUGGCCAUUUUUAAUAUUGUUUAUCCGCAGGAAAUUGGCCGACUUCUAUAUUUCUCCACUGAUUAUGAAAUGACUCGUCUCCAAGAUGAACAAGCUGCGAUGCCCUAUCAAGGAUAUGCUGGCGCGUGA